UGAUGAAAUAAGAGUUUCUACGUCUUGCUUUCAAGACAAGAUAACAAGAAACUGUUUGUGUGAAACAGAAAUGGAUGUAGACAAUGACAUUGACGGAAAACUGCUUCAGCAGUUUAGUUCCAUGGGGACAACGGACAGAGAAGUGUUGAUUUCAGAUUUUCAAAAAUUGUUGGGUCCAAAUCAGCUGACACCAGCAGGAUGUGCAUUUUUCUUAGAUAUGAACAAUUGGAACCUUCAAGGUGCCAUUGGUUCCUAUUUUGAGUAUGAUCAACCCAAUGUCAAACUUCCUUCCAUGACAUUCAUCGGGGAUGUUACUGUUGGUGAUGGUGAAGCUGUUCCACCAGAUACCACCUUCAUCAAAACCUGGAGGAUACAAAACUCGGGAGAUGAACAGUGGCCACCUGGCUGUAAUCUGAUGCACUGCUCUGGGGAAAACCUAAGUAAGGCAGACCGAGUGAUGGUGGAGGCACUACAUGCAGGACAGGAAGCUGAUGUUAGCAUAAAUAUGCAUAGUCCCACAGAAACUGGUACUUAUCAAAGUCAAUGGAGGAUGUCAACUCCUACCGGCAUGUAUUUUGGAGACAUGAUUUGGGUAAUUAUAACAGUAGAGAAAGGAGGUGUCCUUGCUGUUACACAGCAGCUCUCAAGUUUUGGUAGUGGAGCUUUUGCCCAGAAUCCAACAAAAGAUUGUCAACAAAAUCCAUUUGCAUCACCACAAAAGCUGGAUAAUUCACCUAUACCAUUGGCUUCCCCAAAUUCCUCUAUAAUAGCACAGCAGGGAAGUCCAGACAUGGCUCAAUUCAGUCCUAGUCCAAUUGCGGGCAGGACGUGGUCUGGACCAGUCAUGGGACCGGUACCUAACCCAAUGGCCCGGUCUCUAUUCCAGACACAAAGUGAGCAGAGCAGUGAUUCAUUAGACAUGGGAGAUGACAUGUCCUAACACAAGAAUGGUGAGAGAGUGGCUGUUUCGGAGACGUGGCGUGUAAUGGUGCAAGGUUGUGUGGGUGACCAUGUACAUAGUGUAAAUCAUGAAUUAUACAGGACUGGAGUAUCAGCCAAUCAUAGGGUCGUAUAUAUGCACACAAUGUAGCUGAUUUCAACUGAAAAGAUGGAUUGUUUUGUGUCUUGGAGUUUUUUGUCCAAUUGUAGAGAUCUUGUGCAAGUUAACAAACCUAAAAACAUGGCGUUUCAUACAAAUUACAUCUGUAUUUCUGUACGAAUAUAUUAAUAGUAGCAUAAUUUACAAUAACAAAUGUUCCCUUAAUAUAGGAACAUGAUAAAUGUCAUAAUAUAAUACUUAUGUCCUAUGCAAUUGUCUUGUUUACUCAGACAACACAAUAUUGCAUAUGUUAGAAUGUGCAUUCUGAUUUCAAAAAAUAAGAAAAAAAAAACCAAAAUUAUAAAUGAAAAUCUAUUAGUAUGUGCAUGGUAAGUUUGUGCAGCCUAUAUUGUUAGAAAACUGCCAGAGCUCUGUUUGAAUAAAGUCUUAACUCUUUCCAGUCCAACAACAUUAAUCAAACCAAUAUCUCUGCCUUUUUUAACUGCACUCUAUAAAUAAAUGUACAAUAUCAGCUAUUUGCCAUGAGUAUGUAUAUAUGUAUUACAUAAACAUUUAUGAGACGCAAGUUAUAUAAUGAAAUAUUCAAGACACAAAAUUAUCCAAAUUUGCAGGCUUGUAAUUUGAUACACAAGUUCAGAAUUUUUUUCUCUUCUCUCUCUCCUUUUCACAAUUACAUGCUAUAUAACUGCACAUUUAAACAUUUUCUUGCUUGUUAAUUAAAUUUGUUAUAUGAUGAAUAAAUAAAGCUAGGACAACAGUUUAAUUUGGUAUUUUCUGAAAUGAUAUGCAUGUUGAUAGACAGUGUCCAUUUACUUAUAACUUAAUACCGACAUAGAUGCUGUUAAGGAAAUGUACAAUUGUAUCCCCCUGACUUUAAUUCAUUGAAAUGCAGCUGAAGUGAUUGACAUUCCAAAUGUACAUUAUAAAAUAUGACAUUAAGUGAAUUGUGUUAUAUCUAUUUAUCGGUUGUUUUAGUGAGACAUCAAAGGAAGAAUUCCAGGCAAAGUUGUUUGUGAUUAAAAUUGUAUCAGAAAAUUUAAUUUGUUUUGUCCUAGCCCUAAUGAAAAGCCGAAAUAAUAAUGCUGUAUGUAUCCUUAAAAGACAAAGGGAGGGGCAAAACACUUCAUCUUACCCAUAGUCAGGAGGUGAGUUAAUCACAAGACAAUAUGUAUUGUGUGCAUAUUACCAGGCAUAAACUGAUUGAUGGAUAAAUGUAGUAUGUGCAUUUAUGGUGCCAUCUAUAGAUAUCCAUUUUCUAAAGUCAAAGUCAAUGAAAUAUUGUAGUUUUCUCAUUGUGAAAUUCUUUCAGAAAGAAGAUUCAUAUCGUUAUUACAUGCUGGUGACAUACAUUGUCAAUAUUUUUUUAUCAUUCAUGAUACUUGGUCAAAUCAUUAUAUAUUUUGUUUUUUUUUUUUUUUUUUUUUCAUUUUGGAGGCUAUGUAUGUGUAAU